AUGCGCUCGCGGCGCUCCUCUUGCACCUAUGUCCCUGUAAGCUACAACAGGGCUCUUGUGCGCUACGUCCAGACGAUUGAUUUCAACUCUACCGAUGUCACCACGAGUUCGUCCGGCAGCGAUUUUUCAGCGCAGCACAUGCAGGAGCCGGACCCCUCAGUGCAGGCGCUGACUGACCGGGUUCGGCAGCUUGAGCAUGUCCUAGAAGAGUUUCUUGGAUUACCAGAUUGUUCGGUCACACCUCAGGACCCUGCUAUUCAUGGCCGCUUUCUCAAGAACCGGUUCUUUGGAUUUAGUCAUCGAUCCAAUAUAUGCGAGUCGAAGUUCCGCGAUCUACUCGUUCUCCUCUACCAGUUCAACGCCGACGAAGCGUCUGAGAUUCGCAUCCUCCAUGAGCAAUGCCAUCGGCUAGCACGGACCAUCAAGAUGCAGAUUUCCCCGGUCCCGGGCGCUCUGCCAAACCUCCGGGACCUUGUUCCUUCCAAGUCCGUUGCCGAUAUACUUGUAGCAGGGUACCUUCGUACAUUCGAGUCUGUCUACCGGAUAAUCCACCGACCGUCCUUCCUGCGCCGCUACGAUCAAUUCUGGGGGUGUCCGUUGGCCAGUCAAGUGUUCAUCGUCAAGUUACUGCUUAUGCUAGCUAUUGGCAGCGUCUUUGAACCGGGCCAUGUGUCUCGACCUGCUGUUGCGCAGUGGCUUUAUGUUGCUCAACAGUGGCUCGACUUGCCAGCUGAGCAGCCGAGGCUCGACCUUGAUGCAAUUCAGGUGCAGUGUCUUUUGCUCAUUGCUCGUCAAGCUACGACACUUGAUGCAGAGAAUAUGUGGAUCCGCACUGGGAACCUACUAAACGCUGCUAUGCACAUGGGUCUACACUUGGAUCCGGGCCAUCUUGUUCAGCCGUCGCCUUUUCAGGCUGAGAUGCGUCGACGCCUGUGGGCUACCGUUCUCGAACUGAUUAUCCAGACUAGCAUGGAUGCCGGCGCGGUUCCUCAGAUUUCUCCAGAUGGCUACGACUGUGCAUCCCCGAGAAACCUCAACGAUGACCGAAUCGAACGGGAAACCCUACCGCCAUGUGAUCCGCAAGGUCUCACAGAAACAUCCAUCCAAGUAGCCCUACUUCGAUCUCUCCCCCUCCGUCUCCAAAUCGCGCGAAUCAUCAACAACUUUCGCGACGGACCCAGCUACGAAGAGACGCUCCGUCUCAGCUCAGAGCUCUCCGACCUCUACCGGGAAGCCGCUCACAUAAUGUACCCCAAGGCCAAUCCAACUCCAAACAACCAACCAACGACCUUUCAACGCAGACUCUACGACCUCAUGACCCAGCGCUUCAUCCUUGUUCUCCACGACCCCUUCUCCAUGCAAGCCAAGACAAAGCCGACCUACACUCCGUCGCGAAAGUUCGCUCUGAAAACAUCCUUGCACAUCCUCUUGCCCUCCCCACCCCAAAUUCCAAUCUCAUCCAUUGAACCAACCAAUUGCGACUACGUCUCCCUUUGUCUCUCUGGGACGUCAAGCUUCCGCGACAUCCCCAUGCAAGCCGCCGCAGUCCUCUUUGACGAGCUUCUCACGCAAAUCACGAGAGACAACGCUGUCCGACCGUCAUCAAGAUCAACCAUACCAACGGCCAAUAACAUCAGCAAUAAUGAAACAUACGACAACCUCCGCAAUCCCCUCGACGCGUUCCUCACCUCAAACCUCGCGCGCCUGAAAAUCGCUGAAACAAAUGUAAAACCAUACGUCAUCUUCCACUGUAUCCUUGCGCAAGCAAAUGCGCUGCAGGCUGGGAGAAAUGUUAACGAUGCUAUCCAUGAGGCGCUACGCGAUAGUCUUGUUACGAGUGUGAGCGUCUUGGAGGCCGUUGCGGCGCCAGGAAAUUCGAGUCCGGUCGAUGGAUGCAGUAGUGCUGUGAGGGAUGAGCCUGCUAUACCUGUGCCUGUACCUGAGAAUGGGGUGGCGGGUGAAUGGGUUUUGGGUGAUGAGUUUGCGGGCGACUUUGAUUCCUGGCUCGUGGGCUGUAAUUGA